AUGGUAGACAUCGUCUUCGUCGACAUCUUGGCCAUGAUCGCCGUGCCGAUCCAGCUGUUCUUCUUCCUGCUCUACUUCAUCCGCUUCCGGAGAGAGCCGAUCACUCCCCGCGGGCGAGUCCUCACCACAUUGACAUUUGUCUUUGUCCUGGCGCACCAUCUGGUUCUGGUGGCCUCGAUUGGCUACAAGGACCGGAUCAUCUCCUGCUGGCCGGUUUUCAUCACCUCCUCCCUCUACGCCAACAUCUGGUGCCUGCCCUACUGCCUGCGCGCGGUGGUCGUUUACUACAAGCAUCUGCACAACCACCAUGCCAUGUGCGUGUCUCGCUUGAGCAUGCUCCGUGAUGCCCAGACCUCCAGCCUGCACUCGGAUUUCCCCUCCUCCGUUGGGCCCACCUCCCCGGGCAAGGAGUCCCAUGGCGGCGGGGACGGGCACAUUGGCGGCCGCCGUAGCCGCAAGAAGUCCCCCCUGGUCAAGCAGAACUCCGGCUUCCGGAAUCUCCUGAACCCCUGGGGCCCGAGCCGCUCCCAGCAGCAGCAGCAGCAGCAGCAGCAGCAGCAACACUCCCGGCAGGAGGCCCAUCCGAUGAAGACCAUGGGCUCCGCGCAGGCCACCCUCCCGGCCGAUUCGCAUGCCCAGGUUCCCCCCUCGCCCGGGGGCAUGGACACCUGCGCCACGCCGGAGCCCUUGACCGACACCAGCAGUUCCCUCAGCAUGGAUGCGACCUCCUCGUCUUCCACCUCCCCGAGUCAGCCCGCCCUGGCUGGGCCUCCUCGCGGCUGA